AAAUAAAAGUAAAACGUCAAUGUCACUUUUACCGCGCAAAUGCGAUUGUCACUAUGUCCGUGAUGUAAUGUUGCGAUACUGUAAAAUCUAAUAAUUCUAAUAGAUAAUGAAUUUAUAGUGUUUGUGUAAAUAUGGCAGUGAAAUGGUACAGUGGUGUGGUUUAUACUGUGAUCGUAUUUUAUGUUGUUUUAAACAUUUUGGAAGAAAGUCAAGCAUAUAGUCCUCGGGAAUGUGGAGUUCCAUUAAGGAGACAUAACAGGCAGCCUCGCGAGAGAUCUGCCAGUCAGCUCCGCAUCAUCAAGGGUAGAGAGUCCAAGAGGGGAGCGUGGCCUUGGCAGGUAUCCCUUCAACUGCUGCACCCAAACUACGGACUGAUCGGUCACUGGUGCGGCGGAGUCCUGAUCCAUCCACUGUGGCUCCUAACCACCGCACACUGCAUACAUAACGAGCUGUUCAACUUGCCAGUACCAGCACUAUGGACCGCAGUGCUCGGAGAAUGGGACCGGGCUGAGCAAAAAGGCGCAUACCUUCCUGUGGAGCGGAUUAUCCUUCAUCAUCGCUUCCACAACUACCAGCAUGAUAUUGCUCUCAUGAAACUAACUAAGGCAGCUGAUGUAAGUGCAGGGAGUAGGGUUCGCACAAUCUGCCUUCCUCCAUACGAACCGACUGUCAAUUUCAACACGGAAAGAAGCACGUCAUUCUACAACAAACCAGACGAGAAACGCAGAACCAAACCACCAAAACCUGACCCUAACAGCGCCCAUAAGUACUUAGAAAAGUUGAAUAGUUUGACAGGACAGAAGAGCUACAAAUACAAUAUCAGAGUUGCAAACCAGAAAGAAAGAAAGACAGAAGACGGCAGAAGCGACGAUUCAUACGACAGUGCAACUCUUGAUAGUAUCGUUAAAUUGAUAAAAAGUGAUCUAAUUAAAAUAAGUGUAAAAGAUAAUGAAAGUGAUCAAGUUAACAGAAGUGAUAAAAAAUUAAUGUUUGGUGAAAUAGAUCCGUUUAUAGAUGAUAAUAGUGUGGACUUUAAGGACGAGUGUUACACGACCGGUUGGGGCCGGGAGCAGACUAAUGGCAGCUUGACUGAUGUGCUGUUGGAAGCUGAGGUGCCGGUGCUUCCUCUGAAGCUGUGCCGGGAACGGUACUCGCUAAGUCUGCCACUCAAUGAUGGCCACCUUUGCGCCGGAAGUACUGAUGGCUCUACAGGAGCUUGUGUGGGCGACAGUGGGGGCCCUUUGCAGUGCCGCACUCGGGGCCGCUGGGAGCUACGGGGCCUCACAUCGUUCGGAUCGGGUUGCGCGCGACGGGGCGUGCCCGACGUCUACACAAACGUAGCGCACUAUGUAGCCUGGAUAUACGCACAUGUUUACGCUACUUAGUACAAUAAAAUAUUGUGCUAAUUAAUAAUGUGCCACUCUACGCUUCUGAACAAUUUGUUAUUUAUUAAUAGUUAUUUUUGCAACUGUUAUGUAAUAAGGGGUAAUAAAACACGAAUGUGUGUUUAUGAUAAUAGUAUCACAUGAGUGUUUUAAUAUUAAAUUAUCAAUAGUUGCAUACAAGACUUUAUCUACACCCACAAUAUGAAUCCUCUAUAAAAGAUUCUGAAACAGUUAGCUUACUGCUAACAUUAAAAAAGCAAGUCCUAGUAACCAUAUUAUCAUCCAAAGGAGUGUUAUUGUGAAAACGAGUGUUGUAAUGUUGUACUGAAUUUCAUUACAACACUCGUUUGGAUGAUGUAAUGGUUAUUAGGACAUUGGCUGUUUUAAUCUUGGCAAUAAACUAACUCUUUUAGAAUCUUUAAUAGAGGAUUUAAAGCAUGGGUUUAGAUAAAGUGAUAACCCUCUCUUCUGGGAUUAAUUACACAAAUUAAAUUUGAAAAAAAUAAUUUAUGAACAUAGCGGGACUCGAGCCCGCGACGUCUCGCGUACCGUGCGAGUUUUGAUUUUAAAUUUUAAAGAACGACAUCGCAAGUCAAUUUCCUAAUAUGCAAAUAUUGGCGUUGAGGUAAUCAACUGUAAAGUAGAUCUUGUAGGUGAAGCCACAAUCUGAAAGUUGAACAAGACAUACAAGAUUUAUCAACGAUACGUCACUCGAACGGUUGGUUCAGUGGAAGAUCGCUAGAACUUGAGAGGUCGCGGGUUCGAGUCCCGUAUCACUUUAAGAUUAUCUAAUAUUCUACCUAUUGUUAGCGCCACCUAAGCAGCACAAGGAGUCUGUGUUCAUUUUUGUACGUGACUGUAUUUUUAAGUGCUGAAAAUGUAUCGACCAAUAGCGUGAUGCCCCUCUCCGCACCCAUAUUUUACCGCCAAUUCCUUCGGUAGGUAGUGUAAUUGUUAAAGGAGUAGUUGGUAUUUACUUUUCGCUACUUAGUACUACGCCACUUAUUUUGUUACCUAAUCAAUGAAUUGAUAUGAUAUGAAUUAUAAAGGCAAAUAUUUGUUUAUAUGCAAUUUUUAAUUUAUAAUAUAUAAAAAAAAGAACAAAAUAAAUCAACCGACUUCAAACAUUAUUCUUCAAACGCUAUUCCAAAAAAUAUGCACUAAAAAGUAUUAAAAUAACUGUGUUAUUUUAUACAAUCUAAUUAAUUUAUCUGAUUCUACUUGCGAUUAUUGUUAUUUUUGGAAUCGCGGAGAACCUGCCGCGGCCCCGCUCUCGCCUCCUCACGUCGCGCGUGCGACUCAAGCAUAUCUCACCUAUAACUAUGUAUGUAGUUACAAACCUACCUUGGCUGAUUCCGGCCAAGACCAAUGACUACACGAGAAGCAUCAAGUUUUUAGUAAAAGAAUUAUCAAAAUCGGUUCACCCAGUCGCAAGUUCUGAGGUAACAAACAUAAACAUAAAAAACGGACGAAUUGAGAACCUCCUCCAUUUUUGAAGUCGUAAAAUAUUCAUAAUUAUCUUCAAUAAUACUGUCAACUCUGUAGCCAAACAAAAGAUGGCUAGUAUAACUAUUAUAAAAAUAAUACAUUUAAAAAAAAGUUUUUUCGAGUCAGUUAAGAGUAACAUUCCUAGUACCAAAACUCCAUAAUAUUCUCUUAUAUCAAUUCUAUUAUACCUGAUUUUAUUGUAAGAAUUUUGAGUCUUUUUUAACAUAAAAGAUUAAAAGUCCUUAAUAACAAUAACUUAAGUUACCAAUAUAAAUAUUAUUAUAGCCAUUGUAUACUCAGUAAGUUAAGUUAUAGUUUUUUUAAGUAAAUUAUUAAAUGUCCUAUUGUAAAUAUUAUAUCUAGUCUUAUUCCUGAGCAUGUAAUAGAAUGUAAGUUAA